AUGGAAGGUGGGACGUUCACAAUCAGUAAUGGUGGUGUUUUUGGUUCAGUGUCUGGAACACCAAUCAUCAAUCCACCACAAUCAGCAAUUCUGGGGAUGCAUGGCGUCUUUGACCGACCGGUGGCAGUAGAUGGAAAGGUUGAAAUCCGUCCUAUGAUGACUAUAGCACUGACGUAUGAUCAUAGGUUAAUUGAUGGUCGCGAAGCAGUCACUUUUUUACGAAAGAUUAAAACUUCAGUUGAAGAUCCACGAACCAUUUUGCUAAAUUUGUAG